AAAAGCGUGUACCAAAAUUCGUGUUUCUUCCAGAGAUACGCCGUGACAACAGCAGUAAUGAAAGCGAUAAUUAUAUUCGCUUUUGUUGCGUUUUUGCUGCAUCACGAUGCAAGUAAGUAUGCUACAGCAAGCAUAAUAAAUAAAAUGGAAAAGGUAAUUGGAGCAGGGGAUUCCAUCUUUGGUGGUUAUCACAGAGCAAAAGCCGCAACUGAAGCUUAUGGAAAGUUGAUUCGAGGAGAAAAUGAUGCUGCUAAAACUGCUUUAAAACAAGCCUUAACUACGUUGCUUGUUUUGGAUAUGGGCUCUCUUAUCCCCGUCUCAACUCAAGAUAUUGUGGAAAGUUUUGUCAAGAACAGAGCCUUUUCCGCCACAAAAACAGCCAUUCGAAGUUACAAUGCCCAAUUGUUAAGCAAAGCGCAAGAGGCUGCAAGGUACAGAAAUCAUCCACAGCCUAAAACUUAUAAAAGAAUGAUUGCUCUGGAGUCAUCUUUGGAAGAUAUGAAAAGUCAAAAACUCAGCGCGUUCACAAAAGAAAUCAAAGCCAUCAAAACAACCGACCCUCAAUUGUAUAAAAAACUUGGAAAGGCGAAAAAAUGGUUAAAAAUUGGGGGAAAGGUUGGAAAAGCGCUUGGGCCUUUACUCGAUGUAAUAUCAAUUGGGGUAAAUGUUUGGGCGUUAACCACAUCCGAGCCUGGAUCUGCUGAUUACACGUCAGCAGCAAUUAGCAUUGCUGCUGGUGUUAUUGGAGUUGUGGGCUUUUUUGCAGCCUUAGCGCUUGCGGCUCCAGUUAUUGGGACAGUGGCAGCCAUUACCGGCGCCAUCCUUGGCAUCGUAGCAACUUUAAUACCUUACUUCCAAAGUUCACCUCCAAGGUAUACUGUAGCAAUGGCGUUAGAGGAUAAAUUUAAAGAUGUUGUGACUUACAGAACAAAAGCAUUAGAAAUGUCGCAAAGUGCUGUUAGUUUUCUUAAGAAAACAGAAUCUCAUGACUGGGAUUACUGUUAUGUAAUGGCUCAAACCAAUAUCGUUCGAUGGAAAGUGACGGUUGAUGGUCGAUCACAUGAUCUCGUUCAACAAACAGCUGGAAGUUUUUUCGAUAGAGUUCUGCCAAAAGAAUUAAAUAACGUGGAAUUUGGUGACUUUAAUCUAAUGUUUCGUGGUGCAAAUGCACUUAGAAACCCAUACACUGAUAACAAAAACAAUGCGUUUCUGCAUUGUCUACCGUAUAAGGGAAAGGCAAAUGUCAAUGGCGUUUUACAGUAUGCUACAAGAGAUCUACCUGAUGGAGCACACACUUGUAAGGAAAGACAAAGCCAUAGGGGAAGAAGAAACUUAGAGAAAAUUGGAUUUGAUUUUGUUGGUUUGAAAAACGAUAGAACACAAGAACACAAGAAAGGAUUGAUAGUACUUUGUCUUACUAACUAUGUCAACGCUGUUAGUGAAAGCUUUCGUGGUCUGGAUGUAAGAACGGAAACUUCCAGGACACCAGUAUCUCAUCGAAACGGGGACGACGUGGUCCUGUUGGACGACAUGCGCAAAUUAAGAUCGGGUAAAAAGAUUAAAGUUUCAACUGGAGGAGGAAAUGACGUGCUUGCUGUUACACAUUUUUUAUACCCUAAAGAGAGAAAGAGAAGAUACGAAAAUCGAGGAGACCGCACAGUAUCUUUGCUUCAGGCAGACCUUGGCUCUGGUUACGACGUUCUGUCAUUUGCAGGAAUGUCACACAGUAUUGGACACUUAGGACGGAAGAUUGAUAAAAGGGACCAAAGCGGAAGAAUUUUUUUUAACGGAAUAUUUUAUCAAGUAAGUGAUGGGAAACUAGGAUAUCGAUAUUUUUAUCGAUACAUACGAAAAGUGGUUACCAUUCGAUUUCAAUUUAAGUUAGUCACUUGGCCCGAUUGGACACACAUGAAACAAAACAUAGGAAACGUGGUCGGUGUUAAAUUGUUUGAUUCCAGUCCUUUCGAUGAUUUAAUCAACUUGGAUCUAGGAGAGAAUUAUGAAAAAGACAGUAAAAAUGUUGAAGAUUUUGCAGUCAUUAAUCAACGAGGAUUUAACCGAUACACAUUAACCAUCAGUGAAUCUGAUAACGAUGGUUACAUCAGAAAGUAUGUGAUCCUCGAUAGAAGUAAGUACAAACCGCAAGUGGAACUGACCCUUCCACCUGGGUACCGAAAUAACUUAGUUCUGAAGAAUGAUAAGAUUCUAAUGCUCUAUGGAGAUGACGAAGACGGAGCACGCAAACAAAUUUUUAUCAUGAAAAUGUUGGAUCUGAAAACCACAUUUAAUUUAAAAGUGAAUGGCAGAAAUGUCCCUUUAAACAGCCUACCAGUGUCUUACACGGAUGGAAGAUUAUUUAAAGUAAACAUGAAUAUGGCAAGUACAUCAGGCACUGCACAAAACGAUGAAGUUAAACUCGUGUGUGGCGCCAAAAGUGAUUUGGGCAAUAAUCAGGAUAUAUCUAUUGAUCUUGGAGAAGGGUCCAAAGACACAGUUGUUAUUAGUACCAAAUACUUCAUUGAAACUUGUGAUAUUGGAGAAGAGAAUAACUUUGAAGAUGGCUCAGAAAAUGAUGUGGAUUACGACGUCUCAAUGAGACUUGAUGCCACACCCCCAAACCCUGCAAUCGUAUUGAAAAGUAAUAACAAGGAAAAGCGUAUCUCUUUAAUUAAUGUUGAACGAAUUACAAACGACAUGGGAAGCACUGUGGUGGAUUUGACGCAUAGUGGAAUUGGAAAUAUUGAUCUGUUCGAGAAAUACCAACAAUCCAUGCAAUUUGACUCCAUUGCUGUGACAGGUAUUACUUAUGUGUUCCAAUUGAAGGUAAACCUAAAAUAAGUAAAAAUAAGUAAAUAUACAGUUAUUUCACAAUUCAGUUAUGUAUUUCAAUGCCCUUCACAACAUAUUUAUUUCCAUAUUUAUGCACGUUUCCAAUUCCUUUGUAAAAAGUUGCCGUCAAAGUAGAUGUCCUACUGCACUACCGCCACUAACAUUUUCAGCGCCAAGCUA